GGAGGUGCACCGGAGCUGCCUUCUCAACCUGUUCAAAUAGUGCCUGGGGCUCAGUUUAGCAAAAUAGAAUACCGAAGCGCUUUUUUCCGUGACGGGAUAUUACUCGAACCUACUUUGGAACAGACGUGAAGUGGCUGGGCAGAAUAGUAAGGGUAGUAAUAAGAUGACUCGGACUCAAGUUGUCAUGCUGUUAAUGAGUGUCUGUCAACUCUCCAUCAUGCACGGUCAGGAGUGUCCCAGCAGACAGGAGCUGCAGAACUCCCUGCGCCAGGUUCACAAGCUGCUCUCUGCCCACGAGACCUCCUAUGUGCAGAGUCUUCGCACGCUCAGGAAGAAGAUCAACCUGCUGCAGACAAGCACAGCCCGCCAGCCAGCCAAACCCACCAACGUCACCUGUCCAAAGCUGGAGGCACCGGCCAAUGGCAAGAAGAUGGGGAAAGUUCUGCUGCCGGGUCACGAGGUUCAUUUCCUGUGUGAUCCGGGCUAUGAGCUGGUGGGCUCUGAGACGCGUCAGUGCAAGGAGUCCCUGACCUGGACUGGACAACAACCGGUCUGCAAGGAUAUAAACGAGUGUGCCCCGUCUCCUUGCGUGAAUGGGGGGACCUGUGAGAAUGAGGUUAAUGUAUUUGUCUGUAUAUGUGCAAAAGGAUGGGGAGGUGCCACUUGCCAGACACCUGUGCCGACAUUUUUCAUCACGAUAACCAACACCUCUGCAGCCACGGCAGCUGGGGUAGCUGGGUCAGCAGGGUCAGCAGGGUCAGCAGGCGCCUCAGUGUCUCCCCCGGCAACCUCCAGCCCAUUGGUGCGCCCGUCCCACUGUACCCAGACCCAAGGCACCACACACUGCACCUGCGAGGCCGGCUACACCAUCUCAGGACGGGACACCAGCGUGUGCACUGAUAUUGACGAGUGCGAGCUCUUCCACAUGGGCCAGUCGGGCCGUCUCUGUGUGCACACCUGUGUGAAUACACCUGGAGGCUACCGCUGCACCUGCCCAGCCGGCUACAACCUGACCCGCGAUGGACGCAACUGCAAAGACGUUGAUGAGUGUGCCAACAGGCAGCAUAACUGCACCAAGGACCAGCUUUGCAUCAACACCUAUGGAGGGUUCCAGUGUGUCAAAGUGGAGUGUCCUCGCAUCCGCAAUGCCACCUAUGUGAAAACCUCGCCUCUGCGCUGCGAGAGGAAUCCGUGCCCAGUGGACAACAGGGCCUGCUCCCAGGCGCCCAACUCCAUGUCCUACCACUACCUGUCCGUGGUGUCUAACCUGUCGGCGCCGAGGGUCAUGUUCCGCGUGUCGGCCAUGCGCAUGAUGGGCGACACGCUGCGCUUCUCGCUGCUGGGCGGCAGCCGGGCGCGGCGCCACUUCACGGUGCAGCGCUCGGACCGGCAGACGGGCCAGCUGAUGCUGGUGAGCUCCGUGCAGGGCCCCGCCACGCUGGAGGCCGAGGUGGAGAUGAGCGAGCUGGAGAAGAGGGUGCUGCUGGGACGCUACAUCACCAAGGUCACCAUAUUCGUCUCGCCCUACGAGUUCUAGACAGGCGCCCGCAGAUGGGGGAAUGGGGGGGGGCGAGCAUUGGUGUUUGCUGGGGAAGGGGGUUCAGUUGUGAAAAAAAGUUUUAUACAAGGAUUGUUAUAGUUACAUAGAAAUUGACGUAUAUGGUAUUACAAAUAUGCAUAAAUAAAGUGAAUUCUAUAACAUUAGAACAAGGCAAAACAAUGCAUUAUGGCUUUAAGUUACUUUUUCUUUGUAUUGCUCUCAGAGGAAACAUUGUACACUUUGCACUGGUAUAUAAGGUUGGUAAGUAACAGCAUGAAAAAGCAUAAAAAGCUGUAUGCAUAGUACAUAGCAUAGUUGCAGAUUCAGACCAACUGAAUAUUCUAUGGUAAUGUCCCUUUAACUGCCUUAAAGAUUUGAGUUAUAUAUGAAGUCUAAAUAUACUGACAACCGUGUUUUAUUUCUACUGUCUCUAUUUAUGCCUGCUGUCUGAACAUGAUCAGGUAUGCCAUCUCUCUACUUCUGCUUUUAACUGGAGAGGGAGACUGAAAUGGUAAUAACUAUUAAAGAGCCUGCUCCACUUGUGUGGGCUGAUUGUGCUGUUUGAAAGGUAUACCUACAUGAAACAGCCCAAGGAUAUUGUACUUAUCUCACAAUAGUCAGGUCAAAGGACUCUCGUGCCAAUAUGAUGUCUAUUUUUAUUCAAAUUCGUGGGUUGCCUGUCAACACAAGCACUUCAUGGAAAAUCAAUAAAGCUUUUCUACAAAA